GUGUCGACACAGGGCUGUGCUUUUCAUAUAUUAGUUUCUCGAAAAAAUACAUAAUUGAAACGGGAAUUUUUCAUUUGCAAUUUUUAUUUAUUUUAAUAAAUAUUUUUUGUGUUACAUUGAAUUCAACGAGUAAAUAAAAUUAUUUUAAAGUGAAACAAAAGCAAAAAACUACAUCCAUAGUCUGGUUGAUAUAAAAGAAUUUGGAAGAAAAGAAUAAUAUGUGCAUUUUGAAGAAUGCCGUUUCAGGCGCCUUCUUGGACAGAAUUUUAUAACUGUCCUAUUUGUGAAAAUGAGUUUUCUACAAAUCAACGUUUACCAAUAAGUUUAGGUUGUGGCCACACCAUAUGUCGAGUAUGUUUAGCUACCGUAUAUAAUCGUCAAUGUCCAUUCGAUCAGACAUAUAUAUCAACAGAUGUUGAUAAUUUACCUAUAAACAAUGCUUUAUUACAAAUACUUAACUCAGGGGAUGGUAAUGAUAAUGGAAAUGAAGCAUCUAAUAAUUCCACUUCUACUAAUGCAACAACUUCCAACAACAAUAACAGCAACACCAAGAACAAUGCAAAUAUCAGCUAUAGCAACAUUAAUAGCUCCAACAACAACAGCAGCAGCAACAGCGGCGGCAACAAUAACAAAACGCUUAAUUCGAAUAGUGAAAACAACGAGGCGACAGCUGGUGAUACUGAGAUGCCACCCAGUGUUCGUAACUUAAAGCCAGAAGAUUUGAAAAGUUAUAAAUAUUCGAAAAAAUGCAUCGAAGAACUUGCCCAGUAUCUCAAAUCCUUUGUUACAAAUAGCGGUUGCACUUUAUUAACGCGUCCAAUGUUACGUAAAUUAGUGACUUUGGUAAAUUGCCAGCUAGUCGAGGAAGAGGGUCGUAUACGUGCUGUACGUACAUCACGUUUUCUAGGCGAACGCACUGUCACUGAAUUGCUGUUACAACAUCAAAAUCCCCAACAAUUAAGUUUGUGUCUGUGGGCGGCAGUGCGCUCGCGUGGCUGUCAGUUUCUAGGUCCUUCUAUGCAAGAAGAAGUGUUGAAAUUAGUUUUAAUGGCUCUUGAAAAUGGUUCUGCUUUAUCACGUAAAGUUCUAGUUAUGUAUGUUGUCCAGCGUUUGGUUGAUAAGUUUUUACCAGCUUCUAAGACAAGUAUUGGUCAUGUAGUUCAAUUAUUAUAUCGUGCUAGUUGUUUUAAAGUAUCGAAACGUGAUGGUGACUCAUCGCUGAUGCAGUUGAAGGAAGAAUUUCGUGAUUAUGAAGCCUUGCGGCGAGAGCAUGAUGCUCAAAUUGUACAAAUUGCUACUGAAGCUGGACUACGUAUAGCACCAGAUCAAUGGUCAUCGUUAUUAUAUGGCAACACAUCUCAUAAGUCACAUAUGCAGAGCAUAUGUGAUACUCUGCAAACGCCUUCGUCAUUCUCCCAAUCCAUACAGGAGUUGGUCUUAGCCUUGCAGCGCACGGGUGAUCCAACAAAUUUAUCUAAUAUACGGUCUCAUCUCAAGCAUUUGGCCAAUAUAGAUCCAUCACUGGAAGGUCCUCCCCCUACAUGGGAAGAUGUGGAAAAGGCUUUAGAUGCUGUGCGUCACGUAGUAUUGGGUUUAGUUAAAUUCAUGCAAUUUCAAAGCAAUCGUAAAGUACAAGAUUUUCCUGUGCCUCCGGUGUCUGCGAAUGGAAAGUAUAAAAUAAGUUUGUGUCGUGAUUACACGGAAAGACGUAUGUGUCCACGCGGUGCAAAUUGCACCUUUGCCCAUUCGGCAGAAGAACGUCAAAGAUAUCGGGCAAAACAUCGACGCACUGGAACUGUUGAAAAAAUCAUAACACGCCCAGCGACUGCCACUUCAACGGCUGGUGUGACGGCUGGCGCCAGUGGGUCAACGCAAACUUUGGAAAAUAUUAAAAAAGAAUUUUCCCCCAAUCCCAACUCACAGCAGAAUCAGUCAGUCAAUACCACGCACCACAACCAAACAUUGGGUCAUUUGCACACUAGUCCCGCUGAUAUGGUUAACUCACCCAUUAAGGUUAAAACUUCUCCCAUGAGAAAAUACGCCAACAAUGAAAACCCGAAUAAUAACGGUAAUAUAAUGCGACCCAAUUUAAUGGAUCCUCAAUUUGUUGGUGAUUUAUCGAAUACCACUUCGCCGCUUCAUAUUCAGGGUUCAAUAAAUGCUUUACAUGCGAGUCCCAUUCCUCCGGGGCAUAUGUUGGGUCUUACAGCUCCCACGCCUAUAGUGAAUGUGCCACCACUGCAUCAGCAGCAUCCUAGUUAUGAAAAUAUACCUUUUGGCGCGUUGAAUUUUGUGGGUGCCGGAACAGGAGGAGCAGGAGGAGUUGGUGGUAAAUUUGUACGAAUGCCAACAAUGGGUACGAAUUUGCCGCCUCCACCACACAUACGUCCACCCAAUCUAAGGGGUCCCAUAAGUAGUACUGGCAGUGGGGGACUACAAGGACUUUCGCCUAGAUCCUCUAUGCAUAACCCCAUAAACAUGACCACCGUUGUAAACCCACCGAAUUUACAGGGCACAAACUCCAAUAAGCCGCCAACGAGUCCUCUACAUAAAAACCUCUAUAAUAACUCAAACAUAACAGGAGAUUUUUACAAUAAUGUUCCUUCAUAUUUUGGCAAUCCCACUCCUGAGCGACAAUUGCAGAAACCACCCCAUAUGCCGGCUCCCACCAAUCCUUUGUGGGACUCGCAACAACAUCAACAACAACAACAGCCGCCACAGCAACUACAACACCAACAACAUCCACAGUGCCAAUCAUUGCUAAAGCCUUCAGAUUAUCCUCACACAAACCAACAUCACCUUUUGUUUAUGCCACCGUCAGCCAAUCAACCAAAUGAUUCCAAUGUAUUCUUUGAUAAAAACUCUUUGGACUUUAAUAAGACUCAACAAACAUCCAAUUUAGAUGAAGCUGUGCUACAACUCAAUGAUAACUUCAUGUUCAAAACAACACCAAAUAAUUUCUUAGAGCCGAACAGUGGUCAUCCCUUGAAAGAUUUAAACAAAAAGUCCAAACCACACAUGUUUUGGCAUACAAAUCAAUUGCCAAAUAAUGCAAAUUAUCCCAAUUCAGUUAAUUUGAAUAGCAACAACAACAACACUGGCAAUCCCAAUAGUAAUAAUAGCAAUAACAACAACAACAAUAAUAUUCAUAUUAAUAAUGGAGUGGUUAAUAUAGAACCACCAACAUCUUCUUCCCUAUUCCGUGAUAGGGAAUGUUUUGUACGCUCCGAUUCUAUACUAGAUGAUGAUGCGGCCACUUUUGAUGUACCACCCACAUCAACGGCGGCACUAGGCAAUAAAUACGGUCCCAUUUGUCCCAUGUACAAAGGCCUCAACACCUCAACAUCACCUAAUAGCACAACAAAUUCUUUUGUUGGCUCUUGGAAUGCUUUGAUUUCUCCAGAGAAUGACAAACAGUGUAGUAGUACUUCUAAUAAUCCUAAGGAUUUAUCAGUAUUCUCGCUGAAUAAUAAUGACAAUGCAUUAAAUAUGCCAUUCGAAAGACAUUUAACUGAUUCAACGGAUUUGACUGUUCCUGCCAUGGCUGCUGCUGCAUCAGCUCAGACCUCAACAGCAUUUGAUAACUUUAAUAAUAGCGUAGAAGCUGCCCUUUCAAAAUUAUCAUUGAAUUUUUCCAAUGACUCUCGAAAUGAUCAACAACAACAACAUCAGCAGCAAUUAACACAUUUCGAAUAUGAUGCUUUGGAUCAUAUUUUGGGUGUUAAUAAUAUGGGAAAGAACGACGAAUUACUUUGGAAUAAUGCCAGCGUCAAUAAUAAUAACAACAACAGCAACAGCUCAAAACAGUCAACAAUGAAUUUAGGUUUAAAUAGCUUUUGGAGUGAUAGUAAUACAACAGCUGCCUCACAACCUGUAACACAAUCCUCAACAGCAACUCUAAUGAAUAAUAAUCUACAAUUAAGCCAACAACAACAACAACAUCAUCAUCAACAACAACAACGUUUGUCACAUAAACUAGACGACACCGAAUUGGAUAUCACCGAAAUUGUAGAUAAAAUUUUACCCUAUGCUGAUGAUAGUGGCAUAAAAUUGGACUAAACAACAACAAAAAGGUAACACAACAAAAUAUAAAAAACACUUUUUAGAACAUAAAACUAUAAAAUACACCGCUUAAAAGAAAACAAAUCUCUCUCUUUAUAUAAUCCUAAUAUAUAUUUAUAUGUAUGUAUGUAAAUGUAUAGAUAUAUGUGUGAAUGAGUGAGUGUAUUAGCGUUUAUUUUGAUUUGCAAAUUUUUUAAAAGUGAUACCAGAACUAGUAGAAGGAACAUUUAAACUUAAUAUUUUUUCAAUUUAAGAGGCUUUGGGGGUUCUAAUAGAAAAUGUGUUAGUUUUUUUUUCUGUGAUUUUUUUUGUAAUAUCUCCUCCUUCUACUCUGUGGAAAACUCAAAUUUUCACCUCAAAAUGUUCCCAAAAAGUGUCAUUGACAAACUGUGACAACUUUAAGUUGCUUUUUUAAAUUAAUUAAAGAUUUUUAGAAAAAGAAAAGAAAUAAUUCAAAUUGAAAAUUAUGAGAUUGUAAGCGUUUAAAUUAGAAGUGUUUCUUGUCUGUUUUUUUUAGUUUUGAAAAUAUUUAAUUGUUUUGUUAAAUUCACAAGUUAUUGCAAGUUUUAUUUUGUAAGUAGUUUAUUGUUUUUAGUUUUAAGGGUGCAACCAAUAUUUUGAAACGAUAUUAUAGCUAUUGUUUUUAUUAUUGUCAUUUUAAAUAGAAAUUACGACGUAUAUACACGUUUAUAUACAACUAAAAAUCUAAAUGCAUAUUUUUAUUUAUUUUCUACAAUUUUUUUUUUUAAAACAUUAAAACAUCCAUUUUCCUCCUAAACGAAUUGAAAAUUUUAUAGCCGUUCUUAUGUGUGUAUGUGUGUUGUGUCAUGAAAUGGUUAACAAAAUAUUACUAUACUUUUUAUUACAUCUUAAUAAGUAUUGAAAGAAAUCUUGCGGUAAUAGGUUUUUUUUAUUAUUGAAAUAUUUGAGGUUAAAACAACUGAUUCAUUAGAUCGUUCUACAUGUUCUUCGUUAGAAAACUUUAUUAAUAUUGCGCUAAAUAAAAUAUAGCUUCUAUUAUUUUGUUGUAGGUUUUAUAAAUAAUUCUUAUUAUUUAAACAGGAUUUUUCUUUCAAAUUGUUAAAAAUCGUUUUAUCUAAAAUUUUUUUGAUCAUAUUUAUGAACAUUGUGAUCUCCGAUCAGUAGCAACAUGAUCUAAUGCUUGUUAAACUAUCAACAGCUUUAAAAAAAUGAAAGUGCUUCCAAUAAUAGCAAAACUGUUGCAACAACAGUGAUAAAACGUUUUUCAUUCUAAGGUUAAAACUUUGGACCAAUUUUCAAAAUAUCAUUAAGAUUUUUUUCACUUUCACAUGAGAACAAAAUCAUUUAAAAGCUUUAGUUUAUUUCCAACAGACACCAGUCUGCACCACAAUAAGGCAGUUAAGUGACAACAAAUUUCACUUUUAUUGCUUUAACAAUUUGUUCCAACAAUUUCGGAUCUAAGAUUCAAAUCGAACAAGAUUUUAUAGGUUUUAACUUUUCAACAAAGAAUGAGAAAACUUCAAAAUUUAGCAACAAAAACUAGUUUUAGAAAACAUGCUCUGUACCUAUUCCGAUUUGGCGAUUUGUAAAGACAUUAUAGAAUUGAAAUAUAAAAUGUUUGGUCUUUAUAUAAAACUCUUUAUAAAGGGCGGGUUUCUUACUAAAUUGUUAACUUGCUGUUAGAUUAAAUUCGGAACUUUAACCGAUGAUUGUGUUUUUCAGUUUUGGAUUACUAAAAAACACUAAACAUAUAUUAAACUAGGUUUAAACAAAGAAUAUAGAUUAUCUUUGUUAAAAAACCCCGCUCUUAGUAGAAGUUAUAUUGAAACACCCUACUAAGGCCGGGUUUCUUACUAUUCAGUUAAACUAGGCUUAACUUGCUGUUAGAUUAAAUUCGAAACAAAUUCGGUCUUUAACCAAUGAUUGUGUUUUUUAGUUAUGGAUUUAACAUCAGUUAACUUUGUGAGCAUUGCCAACUUUCCAAUCAAAAACAUAAACAAUAAACAGCUGUUUUUUGCAAAUAUCACUUUUGCAAAAUGUAAAAUUUUUGAAAAAAAUAUAAAAAACAUUUAAAACAAUAAUAAAUAAAACAAAACAAAUCAGAAA